AUAUAAACAAAAAAAUCAAUCGGUCCCAGUAUUAAAACUAUACAAUCUAGUCUAAAUAGUUUCUACUUAAAAAGUAUUGUUUGUACUUAAAAAUAAAGCUUAAAAAACUGUGAUAAUUUUCAUGGACGUUUAUACCAAGUGCAAUUUAUAGACUAAUGUCAACGGCCAAAGAUAAAAUAUAAGUAAUUAUUAUGUUGUCCAAUUGAACGGGAAACAAAGAUGGCGGCGGCACCACAGCAGUUCUGCGUUCGGUGGAACUCUUACCAUACAAACUUACAGGCGGUGUUUCCCCGGCUGCUAUUGACGGAGCAGUUUGCCGACGUCACAUUAGCAUGCGAGUCGCGGCAACUGCGCUGCCACAAGCUCGUGCUGUCGGCGUGCUCGGCCUACCUCGAGCGGCUGCUGCUGCACAACCCGUGCGACCACCCCAUCGUGCUGAUGCGAGACAUGAGGUUCAGCGAGAUGCAAGCGCUGGUAGACUUCAUGUACAAGGGCGAAGUAAACGUCACGCAGGAGGAGUUGCCCAGUCUUCUUAAAUCCGCUGAAGCCUUGCAGAUCAGAGGACUGUGCUCCGGCGAGGCGGCGGCUGCGGAAGGCGCUCGAGCGGACUCCACCAAAGACUUCACGGUCGCGAGUGACGCUCUCGUCGCGCACGCCACCGGCAACGCCGGCAACGGCCCAGCCCCGGCCAAAGCCACGCCAAACCACGCCACGCCCAACGGACACAAGAAACGCAAGUCGGAGGAGCGGCCCGAAGUGAAGGAGGAGACUGUGGAGGAAGACGGACUGUACUACGGAGAACUGGACCCUGAACACAUGGAAUAUAAUGAGGACGAGGAACCGGGAAAACCUGGAAGCAGUCUGGGACAAACUUCAGGUCGCCGCGUGCCUUACAUCAGAGUGAAGCCGGAGAGCGAGUUAUUCUUCCAAAACAAACUGCAAAGCUUAGCGAAAGCGAAUUCUGAGUACAUAAGCCGACUGUCCAAAAUGAAUCCAUCAGAAAUGCGCAACGAAUUCAGCAAAUACGGCUUCAACACUAACACCAAUACGGAAGACUUAAAAUCGCACGACAAAUCUGAAAACGACUAUUACAAGUCCUGGCUGGAACAAAACGGGGAGUUAGAGGUGUCGUUGCUGAAAGCUGGCCAAAAGAAAAUGGCUCCUAAGACGCAGCCAGCAAAGUCUGAAGUCGAGCUGAUACCGAAGUCUUCUUUGAAUCAGGAGAAGACGCAGAUUAGACGGCGCGGGCGCCCUCCGUUGUUCAAAGACAAAAAUCUAGACAUAGGAGAGACGGUUUUAAAGUCAGAUCUGGACCAGUUUUUGGAGGGGAAGGAAGUCAGUUCCUCUGGGUUGUCCAGGAAAGAUCUGGAAAGGGUUAUGAUGGGGAAAUUCAACCCAAAUAGAAGGUACUCGAAUGAGGCCAUGUGGGCGGCUUUGAUGGAUGUGAAGAAAGGAGGAAGCAUCUACAGAGCGGCCCAAACCCACAAAGUGCCUCGCAAAUCGCUCCGCAACUGGAUGAAGCGUUGCCACAUUAAGUCCUCCUUCCCCAUGCCACAACAGCUUAAACAGUUCGUCGAAAACAGCAAGAAACAGAAAGAAUACAACUAUCAAAAUAUAGAAAAAAGUGGCACGGAAACCGACGCAGGAGAGGUAGUGUCGUAUGAAACGGAACUGGAGUUCGGUAAGCACUUCCUGAUGAACACCGCGUCUAGUGAGGAUGAGAAGAAUGACGCGAAAACGGCCGAGAAUGACGCGGACGAUGACGCAGCCAUCAAUAUGUCAUUGCAUGAAUAGAGGAUUUUUAUGUCACUGUCAUGUCAGUGAUAGAUAGUUUGAGUUGAAAAUGUUUUAUUUUUUUGAGUUGGUGUCACUGGUUUUUUUUAGUUUUCGAGAUUUUUUUGUCUCCCUGUGGAAAAAUGAAAUGUUUUCCUUAGUGUUUUGUUCAUGGUGUUUACAUUGCUGUUCCUAUUUUUACUGAUAAAAUAUGUUUUUUUGUUUCUAAAGAAUUAGGCGUUGAUAUUGUGUAUUUUUAGGGCUGAUAGUUAUGUUUGACAAAAUAUUUUUAACAUAGACUCUAUUAAUUUUCUCGUACAAGAAUAUGUAUGGGAAAGAAAAAAAAAACAACAUAGGAACAUUUCAAAUGUUUGUUAUUUUUCUCCAGUGACACCAACUCUGUUUUGUAUACUUAAAUCCUAUUUUAUUGUAUACAAUGUUUUUUCGUCUUCAUCCAAAAAGACCUUUUAAACAAAAAAAAUGUAUACACGUAGUAAAAUUGUCAGCCAUUUUAGAUUUUAAAUUGGCGUAUACGAAACUUUGAAACUGCCAAAGAAAAACAAAGAUUAGUGAAAAGAAACCCUAUUGAAAAAUUAUUUACCCAAAGAAAGAAUUAUUUAUCAUUUAAGCAAUUAUUUCCUAUUUUGUCCUGCAAUACUAGAUCCCAAAGAUAUUUAAAGAAAUAUUUAAAACACCCAAUUCGCGUUACUAAAAAACUACUAUUCAAACCUACCAUACGGUAGUUUUUGGCUCAGUGUUGCCAAUUCGAAAAUAGAAGCUUCCAAAUGGUAGUUUUUGCCGCGAUUGGUAGAUUCGUAUGUUAUUUAUUUUAUUUGCGUUAGUAUUGCUGUAAGUAUUAGUUAAUUCAAUUAAGUAUGUUACGGAAAAUUGGCCUUUUUGAGAAAUUGUGUGCUUUGUAAUGGACUUCGUCCAAAUUAUAUUGAAAAGACUUGAAUAAUAUGAAAUUUUAGUGUUUAUUGUGUAAGGUAAGGUAGGUCUUUGAAGUACUUCGAUGAUAACGACCAGAUAUUUAGGUUGCACGUUUGAAUCUUGCAAAAACAUAUGAAAACAGUUUUAAAUUACUCGUUACUAAAAAUAAUUCAUCAACCUUAGGUCAUUUAGUCUCCAUUGCAGGAGCAUGACCAGAGGCAAUUUGGCCUACACUCCCCACGCUGGCCAGAUAGGUUGGGGAGGCCUGACGUUCGCGUAUGCCUAAUCAUUUUAUAGCUUUUAAAAUAUAGUAAAAAAAAUUGAACUGAAAUCUGGUAGUUAUUAUUGAUAGAGAUUUUCUGUGGUUGUAUUUUGUUUUAUAUGAUAAAAUAUCGUUAUGUAAANUAUGUAAAGUCUUCUGCAGUAAGAACUAAAAUGUCGACUAGGCCUUUAUUUACAGAGGCAUGUAAGGAUAGGGGGAGAGAACUAUGAGAUUUUAGUUGGAGGAGAUAAGUAACAAUUUAUGAAUGUCAAGUCAUUGUUUUGUUGUAAAAUGUAAUUAGUAAAAUAGAGUUCUGCCAAUGAAAUAACGUUAUAGAGGUAUAAAAAAAAACAAAAUAUUUCAAUCAUUCAAAUCAAAAAUCAACCACAGAAGACAUUAUUUUAAAAUAUAAUCGCUUUUUAAAUUAAAUGUAUUAAUUUAUUUAUAUUUAAAUGAAGUUUGCGUACUUAAUUAGUUGACAUCGAAGUUGGGUCGACAAACAAUCGAUUCGGGACCGAGUUUAUCGAUUAGUUUAGUUUUAAUCGGUAUGUUCCUUUAGAUAUCUUUAUUGCGGCUAAAUAGAAUAAAAUCAGCACUUAUUAAAAUUUCCAUCUAGUGGCUAUAUUUAUUUAUAAAUGAGACCAAAGAGCAGACUAAGUUAAACAAAAAAUAUUCAAAAAUAUACAAAAAAAAAAUUGUCAAUCAGCAGAAACUUACAAGAAAAUACUAACACUUUGUUUCACAUCUUUUACAUAUUGUAAAAAGCUACUACUUCUGAUAGUCAAAUUCACGUGCUCUUCUUCUCUAAACAAAACGUGAAAUACCUACAUGUUAUAUUCCAUUUAGUCGCAAUAAAAAUGUCAUAAUAUUCGUUUCCAGUAAGUUAAUUGCUUUGAAGUGAUUGUGGUUUUGUAGAGAAAGUGUUUUAUACAUUUUUUAAACAAUUAUAUAUACCAAGAGAUGGCGCUUUUUACGCAUUAUUAUGAUAAUAGGAGUAUGUCAUUGGUGUUGUGAAAAAAUCGUUCGCAGUUCAUAUUUAAAAAACAUUUAAAAUCUUUCAAUAAAAUUAAGUCGUAUAAUACUAUUAUGUAUUUAAUAUUAAAAGGUGGUAUACAUUGUACAAUGUACUAUACAUACCUAAACUACUAGAAAAUUGCCGGCAAUGUGCCCAAAGUGAAAUAUAUAAAACACUUUCUAAAUCCAAGAAGUGCCUCCUAGUAUAUAUCUAAAUAUACAUAAUUUAUUAGUGUGUAAGUGGCUAUGAUGUAGAUAUACAAUUAAUUACAUUUAUAUAUCACAUAUAAUAUACUAUAUAAAAUGUUGUAUGCAGUAUUACAUUAUGUAAGUGUUUUCUUUGUGUAUGUAGAUUUGGUUAUACAUAAUGUACUUAAUUUAAUAGUACUAUAAUUAUGUUGUCAUUUUUGUUUUAAAUACAUAUUUUUAUGUAUACAACGUGAUCAUUACCCUUUACUGUUCUAUAUAUUUAUAUAUUGAUUGAUAUAGUAACGUUUUAACAAAAUGUUUACAUAAUUAUACCCAAAAAAAAUAAAUGAAAUUUGGUAAUGGUCAUACGUAAGUAUUUUAAUUUAGUUUUCAUUAAAAAUUGUACGUUAUGAGUUGUCUUUUGAGUUAUCACUUGUUGGCUUGUGUAUAAUAAGUGCCUUUAUAAUGCCAUGUACUUAAAAAUUAAAACACUUAACGUCCAUGCGGUGUACUUAGUUGUGUAUGUGUGUGUCUACACUAUGUAUUGGAAUAUUGAAAAAUUUAAGCUCACCAGAUAAUAUGACUAUGAUGGAUUUGGGCUAUAUUUUAGGUAGAGGUAAGAACAAUACUACUUACCUUAUGAAAAUGUUUCGAAAAGACUAAAGUUACUACUGAGUGUCGCUGCCCUGGUGGUGAAAACAUCUCGAAUGCCUUAAUUUUACUACGAUUUUAAUACGGUCUUUGUUUUCUACGAAUAACUAAAUAUUUUGACCGAUAUAUUCAGUUUUGAAGCCAACAAAAUUAAAGAAAAUGUGACUAAAAAUUCAGUACUAAAUUUUUGUGACAGUGAAGUAUUGCAAUAAAAUAUUAAUUGGCCUUUCAAAUUGGUGCCUAAGCUACUAUAACGCCAAAAUAAAAAGUAUUUCCAAAGAUAAAUAGUGCCUUUCGCUUUGUCUUAAUGAACUUGAAAGUUUAUCAACUCUACAAGUGACAACUCUAUUAUAUUCGAUUCCAAAUCGUUGUUUUGCUUAUAUGUAUAUUGUAUAAGU